CUUGUAGUUUGUUGUCUGAGACAGUGUGUUUGAGAGGUGUGAGACUGCUGCUGCACUGUAGCACGCACAUACAGCAGUCACAAAUACUGUUCAAGACAUGCUCAGAUCUCUAGCUCAAUGCAACUAUUUUGAUUUUGUUUUGUAUGCUGUUUGAAAAAAAUAAAAUACUUAAGAAAAGUUAAUUGUAUAAACGUAUGCCUCAUAAACAUACAAAUCGUGAAAAAGCCUUUGGAGUAUGUGAUAAGAUGAACAUGAAGGUGCUGUUGAUAUCAGCUGUACUUGGAUUUGCCUCUUACACCAGUGCAAAAACAGACAGCAAUGUAUGCGUUUCUACAAAUGCCAAAACAUGUGGAGAAUGCAUUCAGAUCGGGCCGCAGUGUGUGUGGUGCAAAGAUCCCGACUUCAAACAUUCACGAUGUGAUGAAAAGGAGUCUCUAGUAAAUGCUGGCUGUACUCCACUCGGCAUUGAAAACCCUCGAGGAACGAUCACCACUGACAAGAAUAAACCCGUCACCAACCGUAAAAUUAACCAAACAAAGAAACUGAGGCCUGAUGAGAUCACCCAGAUUCAGCCACAGAAACUCACCCUAAACCUCCGAUCAGGUGAAACGCAGAAGUUCACUCUUACUUUUAAGAGGGCUGAGGAUUAUCCCAUCGAUCUCUACUUUCUGAUGGACCUCAGCGAUUCGAUGUUAAGUAAUCUUGAGAAUGUCAAAAAUCUCGGAUCCGAUCUUGCCAAAGAGAUGCAUAACAUCACAUCAGACCUACGGAUCGGGUUUGGCUCAUUCCUGGAGAAACUUGUUAUGCCAUUCAUUCUGAUGACUCCAAAGUAUCUGCAGAACCCAUGUUAUCCAGGUGACUGCACGGCACCUUUCAGCUACAAAAAUGUCUUGAGCCUGACCAAAAACGGUGAAGAGUUCACCCAAAAGGUCAGCCAGCAGAAGACCUCUGGAAACCUGGACUCUCCGGAGGCAGGAUUUGAUGCAAUCAUGCAAGCUGCCGUCUGCAAGGAAGAGAUUGGCUGGAGGAAUGUGACUCGUCUCCUUGUGUUUUCCACCGAUGCAGGAUUCCACUUUGCUGGAGAUGGAAAACUGGGUGGCAUCGUUCGUCCUAAUGAUGGGAAAUGCCAUCUGGUGAAUAAUACGUACACCAUGAGCCACUAUUUUGACUACCCCACAAUCUCUCAACUGGCAGACACCCUCAGCGAUAACAACAUUCAGACCAUCUUUGCUGUGACAGAGCCUUUCCGGGGUGUUUACGAGGAACUGUCUGCUCUUAUCCCUAAAUCAUUAGUGGGGACACUGUCUACAAACUCUGCCAAUGUUAUAAAGAUCAUCAUUGAUGCUUAUAACUCACUGUCCUCUGAGGUCAUUCUGGAAAACAGCAAGCUACCUGAAGGUGUGUCUAUCUCCUACACCUCUCACUGCAAGAAUGGGGUGAGCGAAAAAGGAGAAAAUGGGCGAAAAUGCUCCAACAUUUCCAUUGGGGAUGAGGUGAAGUUUGAUGUAGAAAUCACAGCUAAAGGCUGUCCGUCUAAUGGGAAGUCAGAGACGGUAAAGAUCAAACCGCAAGGAAUCAGUGAGGAGGUUGAGAUUGUACUCAACUUCAUCUGCGAAUGUGAGUGUUACAAAGAUAGAAUCCCAAACAUUCCAGCAUGUUCCAAUGGUCAUGGAGCCCUGGAAUGUGGAGUAUGCAGGUGUAAUGAAGGCAGACUGGGCAGAUUUUGCGAGUGCAGCAAAGAUGAGAUCCUGACCGAUGAUCUGGAUGCAAACUGCCGCAUGGAAAACAGGACGGAUAUUUGCAGUAAUAAUGGAGAGUGUGUCUGUGGAACAUGUGAGUGUAAGAAAAGAGACAAACCAGAGGAGAGAUACAGUGGCAAGUUCUGUGAGUGUGACAACUUCAGCUGCGACCGCUCCAACAACAAGCUCUGUGGAGGUCACGGUCAAUGUGAGUGCAAAAAGUGUAUCUGUGAUGCUAACUACACAGGCAAUGCAUGUGACUGCUCUCUGGACACCUCAACCUGUCUGGCCAGUAACAAACAAAUCUGUAAUGGUCAUGGAACCUGUGAGUGUGGCGAGUGUAAAUGUACUGACACAAAGUUCCAGGGCACGACCUGUGAAAGCUGCCCAACCUGCCCUGGAGUUUGCACUGAACACAAGGACUGUGUUGAGUGCAAAGUAUUUCAUACAGGUAACAAGAAAGAUACAUGUGAUGAUGACUGCAGCUACUUUACUCUGAAGAAGGUGAAGAAGAAGGAAGAACUUCCUCAGCCAAACAACCAGCCCGACAUUAAGAACUGCAAAGAGCGGGACGCUAACGACUGCUGGUUCUUCUUCACCUAUGCUACCAAUGACGGCACCAAUGUUGAGGUCCAUGUAGCAGAGACUCAUGAGUGCCCUUCUAGCCCUAAUAUCAUCCCAAUUGUAGCGGGUGUGGUCGCAGGAAUUGUUCUGAUCGGUUUAGCUCUGCUGCUUAUCUGGAAGCUGCUCAUGAUUAUUCACGACCGGAGAGAGUUCGCCAAAUUUGAGAAAGAAAAGAUGAAUGCCAGAUGGGACACGGGGGAGAAUCCCAUCUACAAGAGUGCUGUGACAACAGUGGUGAACCCCAAAUAUGAGGGUAAUUGAUGGAUCUCCAGCAUUCAAAAAACUCACAGUCAGCAUAAACGUCAUCUGACUCCAUUGGUUAAAUUCAUGUCUUCUAAAGCGAAACUUCAACUUGCAUUAGCUACUGAUAUACGAUAUUUUUCUAUUUUUCUUCAAAUGUGUUCAGAAGUAGAAAGAACGUCAUACACAUCUGGGAUGGCGUGAGGGUGAAUAAUGAGAGAAUUUUCAGUUUUGGGUGAACUAACCCUUUAAGAUGAAGACAGUCAUAUCAGUAACCUUAUAAAAGCUGUUUUAUUCAGCAUGGAGAGGGUCCACUCAGGGAGGCCGCCAUGUUAAGAUCACAGUACUGACAUGUCACAUGACCAGCCUGUAACCACCCUGUUAUUGGACACUAUCACUCAAGGAUUAAAUGAAUUAUGGCUUACAGUGAAUAGUGAAUAGCUACACUGGUAUCUGUAACUGAAAAUUGUUGAUUUUGAGUUAUGCUGGGGGUCAGAGUAAGACCAAGACGACAUAAACAAAAAAAAAUCUU